UAAGUUGCUGAAAAGGUUAAUCAAAAGAAACGUCUGGAUUUUUUGCAUUUAAUGCUGGCAUUUUUAACAUAAUUUCAAGUUAAUCGUGAAUGCCGUGACUGAUUUGAUUAAAAUAACGUCUUAAUGGUCCGCGAGGGCGACUUUAUUCAGAUCACGUGGUUAUGCCGUGACGGGAAUAUUCCAGUAGCUUGUAAAAUCUUUAAAACGUGGACUGCAAUCACAAAAUAGCGAUGAUUAAAUAGGCUGCAUAAAAUAACGUGCGUUUAUGUCUGGAGGGAAAACACAGGUAAAUACAGGUGUCGAUAAACUUCCGUCUCCAUUCACCUCUCAACGCAAGUUCAAAGUAAACGAGGCUAAUAAGAUUCAUGGUGGGAGGGUAAAAAGCCGUGUAUCUGCCGUUCAGACGUGUUUACUCCAACCACAGAGCUCGCGACAGACAGCCAGUAAUGGCCAUCCGCACGUAGGUGUGGUGUAAAGAACCAGAGUUGUGUCUGAAGCAUGGAGUUAAGCCUGGUGUAAUUCCAGGUGCGUACGAGAGCGUCAUGGAUAAAGCGAAACCGGCGCAGCUGAGAUCAGUGAUAGGGAAUGUCGGGGACGCGUUAGUCAUCACGAGCCUCGGCGCAGACACCGGUGCCUUCACAGCCUGCUUCUCGUCGUCGUGAUGCUUCAGUGAUGUAGGUUUACUAGCCGCACAGGUGGGAGCACCUCGUUUCUCUUUCUGGUUUGGGCGAAACGACGGACUAAACAUGGAUACGCCGAGGGAAACCAGGAAACAAACAAUCAAAGCCAAAUCUUCCAAGCGCAAGAAUAAGACGCACAAGUCCCAGAAGCUGUUCAGAAGGAAAUCGCUGAAAUCGCUUGGAAAUUUCAUGAGCAGGAUCGUCAAAACUUUGGGCACUUUGGCACACUUGGGGGACGCGGACCAGCCGGACGCGGCGGAGGAUGACGACGGGGGCUUCGGAGACACUCUGAGCGCCCACAGCUCCGGGAACCACCGGGAGAGCUCGGCGAGGAAGACCGCUGCGCCCUCGUCUUCUUACGGGUCUGUCAAAGAAAGACUGUCCUGGUGUUACGGCGAGAAAACCCCGGGAGUUCAGGGUCUGAAGAACCACGGAAACACCUGUUUCAUGAACGCCGUGGUGCAGUGCUUGAGCAACACGGAACUUCUGGCGGAGUAUUUGGGUCUGGAGCAGUAUAAAUGUGAAUUGGAUGAGCGGAGGAUCAACGGGAUGUUGAAGAAUGAGGAGGUCAGGGGGGAGGUGACGGAGAAGCUGGCGUCGCUGGUGAGGGCGCUCUGGACGCUCGAUUACACGCCUCAGCUCUCAGUGGACUUCAAGAGUGUUGUGUCCAAGUAUGGCUCUCAGUUCAAGGGAAACGCUCAACAUGACGCUUUGGAGUUCCUGCUGUGGCUUCUGGACCGCGUACACGAAGACGCCAACCUCUCCGCCAACAACAACCACAGCAGCAAAACCAAAUCAUCCGGCAAGGGUCCUGUGGGAUCGGAGGAGAGUUCAUGCCCCGGCCCAGCAAACUCACAGCAGCCUGGAACUCGACACAGUUUCGUACAGGAGCACUUCCAAGCCCAAUACAGGUCAUCACUGACGUGCCCUCAUUGCCUUAAACAGAGCAACACCUUUGACCCUUUCCUGUGUAUUUCUCUUCCAAUUCCACUGCGACAGACCAGGGCCCUGAAUGUGAUUCUGGUGUUUAACUCUGAAGGCCAGCGCUUUCUGAGAGUAGGGUUAGCUGUGCCUCUCUUUGGGUCUAUCUCAAUGCUCAGGACCAUGGUGGCAGAGGAGGGCAAGAUCUCUCCUGACCAGGUGAUUUUGACAGAGAUGAACUCAAAUGGGUUCCAGCGCUCUUUCUCUGAUGAAGAUGAUAUGACGAGUAUCUCAGAGAGUGAUGUCAUCUACGCCUUUCAGGCUCCACCCCUCUUCACCAGAGGAGGCUCCAUGCGAUUCUCAGGGUUCCAUCAUUCCCUCCCAUCCUCACCAUACAUUGCAGAGCCCGAAGGUCACAGGUUACCACCCUCAGGGACAUUAUCAUCUGAAUUCUUGAAUCAGGGUGGUUCUUCAAAGAUCCUCCUGUUAAUCUGCAAUGUUGCUGGAUCUGGCCAACAAGCAACAAGGUUUGGACCUCCAAUCCUGAUGAGAGUAGAACGGACCCUGUCUUGGGAUCACCUACAACAGAGUAUCUGCAAUAAGCUUUACUUAUUUCAGAAAAAUGCAAUCAUAAAGACUGCUGAACUGUUUAGGAUUCGUGUGGUGGGUGGGUCGGCUUCCUGCAGCUACCUGUCUCCCCACGACAGCAGACCUCUGUGCCACCCAACCGUGGACAGGGCCCUUAAAUUAUGCGGUCCUGGCGGCCCUCUGCACGUGAAGAUUGUGAUUGAGUGGGAGAACAGAAUCAAAGAAUGUCUCUUCGGUAGCAUUCAAGAGGAAGUUAUUGAGGAUGCAGAGAGUGUGAGAAUCCAGCAGCAGAAUCAUGUACAGCAGCACAAUUGCACGCUGGAUGAGUGUUUUCAGCUCUACACCAAAGAGGAGCAGCUGGCGCCAGACGAUGCGUGGAAGUGCCCCCACUGUAAGCAGAUGCAGCAGGGGAUGGUGAAGAUGAGUUUAUGGACCCUGCCUGACAUCCUCAUUCUGCACCUCAAGCGUUUUCGGCAGGUGGGCAAACGGCGGAACAAGCUCUCCACCCUCAUUCGCUUUCCCGUAAGCGGUCUGGAUAUGACUCCCCACGUGGUGAAACGCAGUCAGAGCAUGAAGAAUCUGGCCCCGUGGCCUGCAACUUGGAAACAUGGAGAUACUGACUUCCUUUAUGACCUGUAUGCAGUCUGUAACCACCACGGAGGCAUGCAUGGAGGACAUUACACAGCCUAUUGUAGGAAUUCAGUGGACGGCCACUGGUACAGUUAUGACGACAGCAGUGUGGAGAUCGUGCCAGAUGAGGAACUGUGCACUCGAGGGGCAUAUAUCCUGUUUUACCAGAAAAGAAAUGUCAUCCCACCCUGGUCCGCCAACAGCUCGGUCAGAGGUUCCACCAGCUCCUCCAUGUCAGAUCACUGGCUCAUCCGUUUGAAUGGUGACAGUAAAAGAGGAAGUAUGGUAUCGCGGUCUUCCACAACAUGCCCUUCUUUCAUCCCAGAUUCCCCAGAGUCUCCCGUCUUUCAAAAUGAACCCUCAAUGGAAGAGAGAGUGUCUCUAGGUGGGUUCGAAAGCAGACCUUUUGUGCGAGGAAUCCAAGGGCGUAGCGUGAGCAUGAAAAGUCCCCCCAAAACCAGAGUGCUCCCAUUGCGGUGGUCCUUUGGGAACAAAGACCGCCACAAACCUGCCCAAGCUCCUGCCAAGGCUCCUGCAGAGCUGGUGGAGUAUUUAGAGUCUGGCAGAAGGCCAAAAUGCACCAAAGACCCCAUCGUUGCCCUAAUGACUCGACCUUCCGAUAAAGAAAAUGGUAAAGAAGAAGAUAUGAAAAAAUCCACAGCCAAAUCUUCAAGCCACAGCAGCCUCGGAGCUCCAGAGUUUCUCAAAAUACCACAGGGUCAAGAAAGAAGCAGCUCAGAAAAAGCGACGGGCCAACAACCGGGCAGCAGCAGUAGACCAAGAGAAGAUGGAACCCUGACGAGACGGAGCAGCAGAAAAUCAAAACAGGACAAAUCACAGUCCAAAAACAGCUCCGGCACAGGGAUCCAGUCCAGUUCCAGUGGUCCAAGUGGGUGGGAAACAACACACAGGGGCGGUCCAGACGAGGAGCGACACCAUCUAGAGGAGAAACAGAGAAAGGGACAGGAAACAAAACACCACGACAGUGUCUUUGCUUUUCUUAAAGGCGGUUUCAUGAAGAAAGACUCGCUUCGGAGGUCUCGAGAUAGUGAAUCUGUGAAAAGGGGUGACUCAGAGGUGAAGAGCCCACCUGGAGUUUCUCUUUCCAAUGGGACACACAAAAGAACUUCAGAAGGUAAAGCUAAUAGCACUAACCAAGUUCGGAGCAGACUCGGAGAUGAAUUUGCAAAUGGCAAGGUGAGUCGUGGGUCAUCAGACAUCAAACGCUCACAAAGUUCUUCCAAUAUUCAGAGCAAGGCUGAUCUAAGCUUAAGACGGACAGCAUCUCUACACAGGAAUGGCACAUCCUCGGCUCAGCCGCAGAGCGUUCCAACGGACAGGGGCUCUCAGAACACCCUGCAACGCACACGCUACAGCACAAACUCGCUGGGCAGAAAGAAGGCAGUGCCUGAAUCAAGCUUCUGAGACUUACUUCACUACAGCCAAAUCACAAUAGCGUAGCAAACAUCUAAAAGCCCACGUAAGAACCAUGUUAAGGAAGAAAGGUUUGAAAUGAUGGCAGCACACUAUAAAGUUGCACAUACAUUUGGAAUUAGUGGAUGAUUUUUGUUCACUUUUUUCUGCUUAUAUGAAGUGCCUCUAAUUUUUUGAUUUUGUCAGAUAGUGCUUUGGCACCGGAAGUACAUUACACACUGGCCUCUGCACCAUGAACUGAAAAAUGAUUAGCCUCGGAUUUGAUUUUUAUGUGCCACUUAUCACCUGUAAUACAUGAAGGGAAUCACUAUAUAUAUAUAUAUAUAUAUAUAUAUAUACUUUUCAGUUUCAUCUUUUAUGAUUCUGUAGAUUGUACUGACUGGCUGCUAACCUCUCAUGGGUUUUCGUGACAUUUAUCAAGGAUGUCAGUUCUCGCACUUUCAGUGAAUUUCUUGCACCACUGUCUGACUUAGUCAUGCUCUCAGACCAAAACAUAAAGCUUAUUAAUUUUUGCUUGUUUUGCAGUAUGCAUUAAUACAUUUACGAAUAUGUAUUAUACAAUUCUUUUAUAAAAUCUAACAGAAUCUAAAGGGGUGGGAUACGUUUCUGCUGCUCUGUCACACAUGUACACAACGUGUUAGACCGAACACCUCUAAAACACCGUCACUUCUGAAAAGCACAAUCAACCUCACCUUAUCACCAGUGCUGUAAUCCAUCACAUAAACCUAGUUAGAAUGCAGUAAGUUUACUCACCCUCAUGUUGUUGCAAGCAUUCGAUUUUUUCCGAUAUUUAACCACUAACACAGAUGUUAAGCAGGGUGUUCAUGCCGCUCUUUUUCAUUUAAAGAAAGUUAAUGGUAACCAGCAACUAUCAAGCUCUAAAGUGAUGUUCUGAUUGGAUAGAAUGCGUUGUUUAGCAAGUACAAGUAUCCAUCUGAAGUAUUGUUUAGUAUAAUUAUAAAAACGCACCCCUUCUGUUCAAGGUGCAUGUCUUUUUGCUGUUUAAUCAUAAUUCAUGAAAAAUUAACAAGUGCAUUUAUAGUGUUUCCAGUGUUUCAAUACUGGACUGAAGAAAGUUCACACACACAAAAUAUGAGUUAAUAAUGAUAUUAAGAAUAAUGUUCAUAUUUAAUAAUAAUAUAUUUAAUAUUAAGUAUUGUUUUCUUUCUUUUACUCUCUAAUAUGGAUUGUUAGUGUGCUUUUUGAUAUAUUUGUAGCUUGACACUCCCAGUCACCAUUGACUUUCAUUGUAUGAGAAAGAGCAGUGUGUAUAUUUUGCUGAGGUGUUAAAAAAGAAAGAAGGUUUGAAACAACAAUGUCAUUUUUUUUCUCAUCUGAAGAUUUUUGAUGUGCUCUAAUAAUGUGGAGAUCUAGCAAUACCAAUGACUGCAGAAUAAAGAAAAGCCUCAUUGUAACCAGUAAAGUGACCUUAAAGAGUAGACGUUAUCGUUUGAAAAACAACCGUCAGAAAAUAUCAUAUUGUCAUCUUCCUAUUUGGACUAAUUGGGUCCAUAUUGUCCUUUAAUCUGACGAAUCAGACAAGACAAACUCUCACGCUAUCCCUCUCUAGAAGCAUUGACAUAGCCUGAAUGCAGCUCAUUACUACUAAAUAUGCACAGCAAAGCUCAUUCUUCUGCAAAUAUAAAAAAACAUUUGCAUUAUCAAGGAUUUAAAUAGCUUUUUUCUCUCCGUGCGAUUGUGACUUAAUAUAUCAAACUGAAUCAAAAUCCCACGCAGAGCAAACACACAUUGCGUAUGAUGGGGAAUAUUCAUUAGCUCAUCAAAUGUAAAAUACCAUGUUUAUUUCUUUGCAAUCUAUCGGAAUUUCUUCCAACAUUAGGCUCAUUGGAAAAAUGUGCCUCUAUCUCCAUUUUUUUUUUAAAAACUCGUAUCUAGUUCACCUUUGAUGAACACUAGUGGAUGUAAAACACGUAUUUUAAACUAAUCAUGACUACAGGAGCAGAUUAUUUAUUAAUAAAGUCUUAUUUUUGCUGUUCCUUGCACAAUAUUAUGAACCGUUUAAGACCAAUACUGUACAAUACUGUGUUUGCAUCAUGUGACCAGCUCCAGCUGAUACAGUAAACUUGCUCUGUAACUCAUCUGGUGCAAGUCACAUUCGUGCUUAACACGGCAAAUAUGUCUUAUAUUAUGAUUUGAACAAUUUGAUGUGAGUGGCAUUGUAUGUCAGAUGUCACAAAUGUCUCAUUCAACGACCCGUGUAGUGAAGCAGUUUGGAGGAGGAUGAAACAUUAGCAGUACUUCUUCGGGCUUGACUGCAAGAUGCAACAUAAAAUAAUUUGUCCGAAACAUUGCCGCGGGCACGUUUUUCCAGUGAACCCCGAGUACCGUAUGCAGUAAAGUUUGAAUUGCACUGUAGAAUAAGGUUUAAUAAUUGUAAUAAACAUUCAGAUAUGAUGUUUCUAUUAUACAGUUUGUAUUAGUUUUUGUUGAUCUAAAUAUAAGCAGAGAUAUGAAAUGAAGGCUUGUUUCGUUUUCUACCUAUGUUCAGAACAAAGGACAUGACUGUCAUAAGAAAACAAGUGCACACUUUUUAAUAUGGCAUUUAUUUAGUCCAUUACGGUACUGUAGAGCGUGUACCAGACAUAUAGGAUUCACAGUUUUCAGCAUAAAUUGAAAAACAUACAUGGAAUUGUUUUUCUCUUUUUUUCUGCUUUGUUGAAAUUUUGUACGAAGCCCACUAAAGGUUUUUGUCUUCUUCUAUCAUCAUUUAAUCAUCCCUGUUAUUUUGUUGAGUAUAUCAAAGGGGUUAUGCAAAAAGCAGCAAUUACAUUUUUUUUCCUUCUCCCAUGCUUCCAAAAAGAUCCUACUUUUCACUAUGCUUGAAAUAAUGAACACUUGUACUGACAAGACAAUGAAUGAAGGAAUCUUACCCUGAAAUGCUCUCUUUUUUAUUGUUUGUUUUUGGAGAUGUUUUAUAUGCAACAUUUUAUAAUCAUUUUAUAAUGUAUUUGUAUAUAUAUAUAUAUAUAUAUAUAUAUAUAUAUAUAUAUAUAUAUAUAUAUAUAUAUAUAUAUAUAUAUAUAUAUAAAAAAAAUCAAUGGAUAAUAUAUCUGGGAACAGUAUAUAUGUAGUUAUAGAUUAUAUGUACAAUCGAAUGAUCAUUGUAUUAUUGCACAAGAGUACAUGUCCUGCUGUCAAGAUGCUUACAUAAAGGUUUAUGUGGACCUGUGUCUAUACAAUAACAACAAACGGAUAUAUUUUUGUAUAAUUUCUAAAAAUUAAAAAGACAUUGGUAUUCA